AUGGGGUUGCACAUCCCCACCGCCCGGCUCCAAAUGGGGGGCUUCGCAGUGGCCACCGUGGGCUGGAUAUUCUGCAUGACCUCCAUGGGCCUCGCGGAGUGGCGUGUGUGGUACGUGCGCCGCUCGCCGCCCCUGCCCCCCGGCCUGGUCUGCGUGGGCAUGUGGAAAGUCUGCAUUUACCAGCCCAGCAGCUACUCCCAGAAAGACAUCGCCUGCCACCUGUACAGGUACGCGGACCCCUCCCUGCCUGUGGAUAUCCGCGUGGCGCAGAGCCUCCUGCUGGCCGCCAGCGUCUUGGGCCUUCUGGGCAAAGCGUUCCUCGUGCUGGCGCUGAGGCGCGUGUGCGUGGGGAGCCUGCGGAAGGAGUCCACCCGGCGCCUCUUUCUCGCGGCCGGCGUCCAGCUCGUCAGCGCCAGCGCCUGCAUCUCCGUGGCUGUGGUCUGCAACGCCAGCGCCGUGGGCAAGGCGGCGGGCGUAGCCUUCCCACCCUCCUUCGCCUUGCCCUUCCAGCCGGAGACGCAGGAGGUGGGGGGCGCCUCCAUCGUGGCCACGCUGGCCGUCUCCCUGAUGCUCUUGAGCGGGCUGCUUUCCCUCUCCUACACACUGCCCCCCGAGAGCCAAGUGCACCCUGUCAUUUCGGAGGUAUGA